CCCGCCUGACCCUCAACCCUACGCCUGCGGUGUGCUCCCGCCUCCUGAGCCCUCGCUCUCUCUCUGUGUCUGUCGCACGCCUGUGCAGAAGGGAGAUCGUUGGACGCCAAAAUGUCGGGUGACGAUGAGCAGCAAGAGCAGACGAUCGCUGAGGAUCUGGUGGUCACCAAGUACAAAAUGGGAGGCGACAUCGCCAACAGGGUCCUGCGUGCACUUGUGGAGGCCGCCACUGCAGACGCUUCUAUCCUCAGCCUGUGUGAAAAGGGAGACGCCAUGAUCAUGGAGGAAACUAACAAGAUUUUCAAGAAAGAAAAAGAAAUGAAGAAAGGUAUUGCCUUUCCAACAAGUAUAUCUGUUAAUAACACUGUGUGUCACUUCUCCCCUCUGAAGAGCGACCAAGAUUACCUCCUGAAAAACGGUGAUCUAGUUAAGAUAGACCUAGGAGUCCACGUAGAUGGUUUCAUUGCUAAUGUUGCUCACAGCUUUGUUGUUGGUGCUUCCAAUGAUUCACCAGUCACUGGUCGUAAAGCAGAUGUUCUCAAGGCUGCACACUUGUGUGCAGAGGCAGCCCUCCGUCUUGUAAAACCAGGAAACCAUAACACGCAGGUGACUGAAGCAUGGAACAAGAUUUCUCCGUCUUUUAACUGUGUACCCAUUGAAGGGAUGCUUUCUCACCAGUUGAAGCAGCAUGUUAUUGAUGGAGAGAAGACAAUUAUUCAGAACCCAACUGACCAGCAAAAGAAAGACCAUGAAAAGGCAGAGUUUGAGGUUCAUGAGGUGUAUGCGGUUGAUGUACUUAUCAGCACUGGAGAAGGGAAGGCAAAGGAUGCUGGCCAGAGGACAACCAUUUACAAAAGGGACCCAACCAAGCAGUAUGGUCUGAAAAUGAAAACCUCUCGUGCCUUUUUCAGUGAAGUUGAGAGACGAUUUGGUGCUAUGCCAUUCACUCUCAGAGCCUUUGAAGAUGAAAAAAAGGCUAGAAUGGGUGUAGUGGAAUGCGCCAAACAUGAGCUGCUGCAGCCUUUCAAUGUACUAUAUGAAAAGGAAGGAGAGUUUGUUGCACAAUUUAAGUUCACAGUCCUCUUGAUGCCCAAUGGCCCCAUGAGGAUAACUAGUGGACCCUUUGAUCCCGAUGUGUAUAAAUCUGACCUUGAGGUGCAGGAUACAGAACUGAAGGCACUACUGCAAAGUUCAGCAAGUCGGAAGACCCAGAAAAAGAAGAAAAAGAAGGCUACAAAGAAUGCUGAACAGGCCACUGCUGAGGAUAAUGAAGGCACAGAGUGAGGAUAACACCACGUGAAGGUGUUUGACUUCGACCUGCCAGUUUAUUUUUUAGCGUCUACGUUAUUUUUGCCUCUUUCCCCUCUCCCAAGAAGUAUGAAAUGUUGAAACACAAAAAGCCUCUGAUGGGUGAUCCCGCAGAGUGCUAAUGGAUUCAGGCCUCCCCUUACCCUCUUUGGAUACAAAACAUGGACACUGAGGGAAAAUUCUUUUUGGAAUUUACACCAGACUACUUAACCAAAAAAAAUAUAUAAAAAAACCAAACAAUAAAAUCAGGCAUAAAACCAG